CCCAUGCUCCUCACCAGGCCGCAGGCGGCAGCGAGGAUCCUCCUGUUCUGCGGGGGGAAACUGAGGCACCAAAUGAUGCACGUGAAGUCAUAGAGGGGGGCUGUGGUACCAGGGCAUUCACCCCCUCCCCCCGCCGGGGACCCGCGCGUCGUCUCUCUGCUGCUGCCUGGGGUCUUGGUAGAGCACAAGAGCUGCCGUGGACGGGGUCAGACCCCAGGUCCGUCCUGCCCACGUCACCCGGCGGCAGAGAGCGGCGCUGGACAGGGGAGGGACAGGGUCCAAGCAGGGUUUCCCCCGUUCCUCUCCCCCUCGCACCCAUCGAGGAUCCAGGACGUGGUGGCCCCGCACUCCCGCGCCCCACCGCCCCCGAUGCCCCUUUCCCCCAGCACGGGCCCAGCCCCCGGGGUGGAUCUGGAUGAACUCUCUGUCCCCCUCGCACCUGGUGCCCGCGAGCUCCCCACUUUCACCCCACGCGGGGGGAAACGACCGUCCUGGUGCGGUGUUUCACUGCCCACCUGCUCGUUUCAUGCUGGGACCCCUCGUCUCUGUCUGGCGAGAGAUGGCCAGGAAUCGGUCCCUGUGACCAUCUCUGCCACUUCGUGUGUUAUAAACCCUUGUCCUGUCCCCCGUUCAGCACCUCUCUCCUAAUCCCCUGGGCCCGGGCCUCGUUAGUCUCCCCCAUAGCACCAACCCCCCGCGCUGCACCUUCCCCAGCUCUUCCCCAUCCCUUUGGAGGUGCGAGGACCUCAGCGCUGCUGCCCCGGUUGGGCAAUUGGGUUUCAAGUUUGGACAGGGCAGAAAUCAAAGUGGGGUAACUGCCCAGGUGCCCCCGACCUGGUGCCCACAGUACCCAGCUAGCACAGGACAACCCAGUUUCCCCUAAUCCCGGUAUCCGGCUGCUCUGUUCCCCCCGGACCCGUCUCCCUUCUCCAGCCUUUGCGGCUGGGAAGACGAAGGCCCCUCCCUGCCCCCGGAGUGGCGUCUGCUGACCGUCAUCCCUGAUAAGGUGCCGGCCCCAGAUGAAAGCCCAGACACUGCCCUCGCCCCUGGGCAGACCCAACCUGAAGGCGCCUGCGAUCCAGGUGCCUCUUGGGGCCUCCCCAUGGAGGCUCCCGGCAUGGAAGACUUCGGCCAGUUCAUGCCCGUCGGCCCCCAGCCCUGCCUGGGACCCCCCGGCUUCCCCGUCCCCCACUGCCUCUCGCCAGGCUCCAUGCGGGGCUACCGGAGCGGGGGUUUUGCCAGCCCUGGGGAUCUGCCCGGCUACCACCAGGACGGCUACCAUGGCCCAGACUGGUACGGGACAGUCCAGGAGGGGCCCUACCCGGCAAUCUCCCGCUACAUGGGCCCCGUGGGCUUCGGGGCGCCCGGCCCGGGCUACCUGGGUGAGAUGGCGAGGCCGCCAGGGCUCAUGCUGGCGCCCGGGGGCCAGAGGAAGCGCCGGGUGCUGUUCUCCCAGGCGCAGGUCUGCGAGCUGGAGAAACGCUUCGAGCGGCAGAAGUACCUGACGGCGGCGGAGCGGGAGCGCCUGGCCCAGCUCACUCGCCUCACGCCCACGCAGGUGAAGAUCUGGUUCCAGAACCACCGCUACAAGGCCAAGCGCCAGGCCAAGCGGCGGGACGUGGGCGAUGGGCCCCCUGCCGAGCCCCCACCGGAGCCCAGACCUGCGCUCCUCAAGCCCUGCUGCCUGCUCUCUGGGCUGGCACCUGGCAGCCAAAACAGCCCCGGGGGGGAGACCUGGUAGCUGAAAAAGCUCCAGCGCCCGGAGUCCUGUGAAUCCCGGAGGGCCUCAUCCAGGCAAGCUCCAGCUCCCAGAGUCCCGGGAUUCCGGUUAUGUCCACCCCUGCUUUGCACGGUCACCCUCGCCUGGGUCCAGCUUGCAUGGCACCAGUGCCCGCUGAGCCCAGCAAGGAGCUCGCCAAGGACAUGAGGAAUCGCAGGGAGCCUCUGAUGUGUGCCCCUAGGGCCCCCAAACUCCUGCACCCUGCUCCAAUUGGCUCAAGGGGCAGCUCCUUUCAGCACCGGAGGCCUCAAAUGCUCCACAACCGAGAACACGGACCCAGAGACAGGCACGGAGCACGCAGGAGAGACUCGACAGAGGAGCAGGGACAGGACAGAGGCCGAACGCACCCAUUUCUCACCUUUCUGCCCCCAAAACAAUCUCCUUCCUUCUGUGGGGAGGGAAAAGCCGACAAUUGCCCUUGCCAAGAAAAACCACGCGGCGAUUCAAAAGCCACAGGCAGCAGCCUUAAAAAAAAAAAAAAAAAAAAAGCCACAAACUGACUUAGAGAGAAAAAUAUAACCUUUAAUUUACCGAGCGAGAGAGAGAAGAAAAAGGACUGAUUUUUGGCCUCAAAACAGACACUUUUUGCCAGGCGAUCGGGGCCAUGGAAGAGUCGCCACGAAGCGCCCACGGGGGAAGGCUGCGAGGUGCUGACGACUUCCUGAGCAGGGACGGCGCCGGCUGCUUGUGGCUCUGUGCUUUUCUCCAAAAAAUAAUUAAAACCCCCCAAACCAUUCUUUCCCCUCUGCUUCCCAGUUCAGCUCCUAGCGCAGGCACCGGGGCGCACCGCACCGAGGCUUCACGGAGAUUGUUUGGCCUGUUUCUAUACAUUCAUAAUGUUAAUGUGCGUAGUCACAUGAGUGUUUAUACACACACAAACAUAUGAAUACGCACAAAUAUUUUGCAUGUUUAUAUAGAUGUGCCUAUACCUAUUUGUACACGUGUAUGUGUGCAUGUUUGUGCGUUUCUGUAUGCAUGUUUGUGCAAGUGCAUGCGCAUAGGUGUAUCUAUAAUCACUGUAUAUUUUGUAUGUCUAUAUGUACAUGAAAGAUCAAUUUGUACACACACACCCACACACACACGCAUGUAUACACAUAAAUACCCAUAUAUUAGACAUACAAAAGUUGUGAUUAUAUACACAUACAAUAUGUGCAGACACACACAAAAUAUAUAUGCAUGUGAUUAUACACUUGUAUCUACCCACACACCACACAUGCAAUGUGUAUGUGCAUCUAUUUGUAUGUGUGUGGAUGUAUGCAAUACACACACACACACACACACACACACACACACACACGCAUACAUACAUAUACAUAUGCACACAUGCAGUGGAGUAGGAAAAUCAGGUGCUCCAUCCAAGAGCAGCAGGACAUUCACAACAUUCAUACGCCUACAUACAACACACACGUACAUACACACGGCCACACGCGCGUGCACAAAUAAGCAUAGGGACACCUCCCUGCAGCACCCGAAAGGAGCCUGAAGUCACUGCAGGGAAGCAGAAAAACCACCCAGUCGCUGGAGCCACCAGGCAGGUGGGAGCCCCGGGGCAGCUCCAUGCUCCCGCCCUGGAUUUUCUCCCAUCCUCAGGGACUAUCAGAAGACAAAGAGAAAAGCCAAUUCGAAUCCAGGCCCCGCGCUGGAGUGAGGGUUCUGCUCUUGUGGUUCCAGGUUGAGGCCGGGGGGAGGGAAUAUUCCCCUUGCCCUGCAAAACCUGGAGGAAGAGAAUCCAGGAGUCCGGCCCUUCCCGCUCCUCUCCCCUCCUAGCACAACCCCAGGCUCUGUGGCUACGCAUGCACUGCAUCUACCCCGCCGGGGCCUUAUCACCCCCCCACCCAACCCCUUCAAGAUCCCCAUGACAUCACUAGCUUAAUUGCCUGGGUCAAUAUUGACUCCUGGCGGCUAAUCUCCACUCCACCGGCGCCACCGAGAUUACAGCCGCGGCACAAGGGGGCUUGAGCUGUCCCCCUUCUCCCCCCCUAGCAAAGUCCCCAAUCCCGAGCACGGAGGCCGGUGCCAGAGACGUGACCUGGAGCCUCGUCCCUCCACCAGCACACAUGCGUGUGCUGUGCUACAGCAGCAUGUGCUGGGCAGGGGGGGUGUGCAUCACUGCAGAGAAGUGUGCGUGGGUGCAUGUAUGUGUGUGUCGCUGCCUUUAGUGCGGUGGGGUGGGGUGGGGUGGGGUGGGUGACAGGACACCUGGGUUCUUCUCUCAGCUCC